AAAUGGAUGGGGAGGGGGCGGUUGCACCAUUGGGGAAGAGGAGAGAGAGAGAGGGCGAUACCGAGCACCAGUGGCAGGCAAACACACCCGUCAGCCGCGUGCAGAGGAGAGAAAAAAAGGCAGCACGGUCAAAAGAAACAUGGAUGCAUUAGAGAAGUAUCCACUCAAACAGAUAACGGAAUGGAUGUGCCGUUCUUCAUGCACCUAACGGGGAACGAAUUAGCCUAUUUUAAUGCGGUGGUGCGAGGCGAGGUAUUGCAAGCUAAAAAGGCGGAAAGCAGUAUUUAAUCCGUCUGCGGAUCCCAUGAGCUUGCAAUGGCUGUUAUGGGCAUAUGUAGCUGUAUAGGAAACAAUGUGGCUCUUUCUUUUGUUGUAUUUUUCUUUUUGUGUGGCCUUUCACUUGGACAACUACGGUACUCUAUUCAGGAGGAAUUAGAAAAUGGAGCGGAGGUGGGGGAUCUUGUGCAAGACUUGGGGUUGGAUAUCCGAAAGCUCUCCAAUCGAAAGAUAAAGGUAACCACCAGUGGAAAACGGUAUGUGGAUGUCAAUCCCCAAAAUGGGAAAUUACUUGUCAAUGAAAGAAUCGACAGAGAGACGCUGUGUGAUUUGAGCAGCACCUGUCUUAUACAUUUAGAGGUGCUUGUUGAAAACCCAUCCGAGGUGCACAAUGUCGAGGUGGAGAUUGUGGAUGCGAAUGACAAUGCGCCGCAGUUCCCUAGUGACGAGUAUCAAUUGGAAAUUGCAGAAUCGGCUUUACCAGGGUCUCGUUUCCCCAUUGAGAACGCCCUGGAUCCGGAUGUGGGAUCAAAUUCCGUUCGUCUGUAUCGACUCAGCCCAAACGAACACUUCGCUCUUGAUUCCAACAAGCCCUCCCUAAACAGCAAGAACAUUGAGCUCGUGCUCAAAAAGUCCCUUGACCGUGAGCUGGCGCCUUACCACCAAUUCAUUCUGACUGCUGCAGAUGGCGGAACACCAGCAAAAACCGGUUCAGCUCUAAUUAAUGUGCGAGUCCUGGACACCAAUGACAACUUUCCUGUAUUUGACAGCUCAGUGUACAAAGUCAAAUUGUUAGAAAACUCACCAAAAGACACACUGGUCAUCAAAUUGAACGCCACAGACCAUGACGAGGGUACCAAUGGGGAGGUCUAUUACUCUUUCAGCAGCUACACUCCUGAGAGAGUCAGACAGAUGUUCAGCAUGGACAGCAACACGGGAGAGAUCAGAGUGAGGAGCAUUGUGGACUACGAAGAAACCAACUCUUAUGAGAUGUACAUUCAGGCCAUGGAUAAAGGCCCUGGUGCUGUGGCAGCCCACUGUAAGGUGGUGGUGGAGGUGGUGGAUGUGAAUGACAAUGUCCCAGAGAUAGUCCUGUCCUCUCUCUCCAGCCCAGUGAGGGAGGAUGCCCGGGCUGACACCGUGGUGGCCCUGAUCAGUGUCACAGACCGGGACUCUGGUGCCAACAAACAGGUGAACCUGGAGAUACCGCCGGGCCUGCCCUUCAAGAUCAAGUCCUUCAGAAACUACUACACCCUGGUCACCUCCGCCUUCCUGGAUCGCGAGACCACUGCUGCCUACAAUGUCACCCUUAGCGCCACUGACGGCGGCACCCCACCCCUCUCCUCCCAGAAGACCAUACAGGUGGAUGUGGCUGAUGUGAAUGACAACCCGCCGCGCUUCGAGCAGACCUCCUACACGGUCUAUGUGACUGAGAACAAUGCCCCCGGGGCCUCGCUGUGCACCGUGAAGGCCCAGGAUUCCGAUGUCAACGAGAACGCACGCAUCACCUACACCGUCCUCAAUGACAACAACCACGGUAUCCCCGUCACCUCCUAUGUAUCUGUGAAGGCCGACACGGGAGAGGCAUACGCCCUGCGCGCCUUUGACUACGAGUCACUCAGGGAGUUCCACUUCCAGGUCAAAGCUCAGGACGGGGGCAUCCCGCCCCUCAGCCGGGUGGCCACUGUCUACAUCUACAUCAUGGACCAGAACGACCACAUUCCUGAGAUUGUCAAACCUCCAGGCAACGGCACACGCUCUAUAGAGACAGUGCUGAAGAAUGCUGAGGCUGGCGUCCUGGUGACCAAGGUGGUGGCGUACGACGCAGACGCAGGUCCCAACGCCUGGCUGAUCUAUGUGUUGGAUCAGUCCACAGACUUGGACCUGUUCAAGGUGCAUGAACACACAGGGGAGAUCCGCACCACACGCAGGGUCCUGGAGGAUAACUCCACCUCCUUCAGCCUGACUGUACUGGUGAGAGACCACGGCCAGCCUCCUCUCUCCUCCACCGCCACCGUCAAUGUGGCCGUCAUGGAGGUGCCACCCAAGGUGACCCCUGACCCCAAGAGGGUCAUCCGGCCCCACAGCACCCUGCUCUUCUCCAAUGUGACCCUCUACCUGAUCGUGGCCCUGAGCGCCACCACCUUUGUGUUCCUGGUGACCGUGGUGGUGCUGGCCAUCGUGCGCUGCCAUGCCUACUGCACCCAGCCUGGUUCCUGCUCCCCCUGCUGUGUGUCCCAGAAGACCCCCCCUGAUGGCGGGAGCAGCAGCACAGUAGGUGGUUCUGGGGGUGGAGGUGGUGGUGGGGGACAACCCAAUAACAAUGUGGCGCUGCGGAGAGACCUCAAAGUGGAGCCUCACUACAUUGAGGUGCGUGGGAAUGGCUCCAUGACCAAGACCUACUGCUACAAGACCUGCCUGACGGCCACCUCAGGAAGCGACACCUUCAUGUUCUACAACACAGGCCGGCCCAUCAGCGGCACCUGGGGUUCCGAGCGCUUCUUCACCGGCGGAAGCGGGUUUGUAAGGAGACUGAGCAUGCCCGAUGCUUCAUUGCAAGUCUGUCCAGAGCCGAAGGCCCCAAAUGCUGACUGGCGAUACUCCACUUCUUUGAGGGCAGGGAUGCAGAGCUCGGUCCAUAUGGAGGAGUCGUCAGUGAUGCAGGGAGCCCAGGGGAUGCUGGUCCAGAACUGGCCCACAGUGUCCAGCGCCGCAGAUGGUGAGGGGGGCGAGCUGUCCCCUCCGGUUGGAGCUGGCAUCGACAGUAACAGCUGGCACUUCCGUUACGGGCCGGGCCCAGGCUACGGCCCCCCUCAGGUCCUGAGGCCUGGAGAGAUCCCCCCCGAAGCCUUCAUCAUCCCCGGCUCCCCCGCCAUCAUCUCUAUCCGCCAGGGCCAGGGAGGAGAGGAUGACAAGAGCGACUUCAUCACCUUCGGCAAGAAGGAGGAUGCCAAGAAGAAGAAAAAGAAGAAGAAGGACAAGAAAGACAAGAAGGACAAGGGGAAGGAGGAUGUGGACGAGUAGAGGAGAAAGGGGAGAUAUGAAAACAGAGCUACCAACUAAAGUUCAAAUAACAGAUGCAAGACAAAAAUCCAAGUGUAUAUUUUAGAAGCAGGAGAGCCUCCCUGUGGUGUGUUUGCAUAGUUAAGUCUGUCCAGCCAAGUCCCCAUUAGCAGAGGCCUAUCUCUAUGAAACAGCCAAUUGUAGCCUCUGCCAGGUUGGCCCUCCGAGGCUUCCAUACCUCUGGGCUAUUAAACAGGCUUCAUACGGGAUUUAAUAGGUUGUCAUUAGCAAGACAUUUGCUGAAAGAAAAUACUGUUUCUAAUCAAACAAAAAUACAUUUGAGUAGAAGAACCUUUCCACAAUGCAGAUUAUGUACUCAACUCUCCCUGCCCCACUCUUUCAUGUAUAAAAUGCCAUAUGUGAGAGAAACCUCACACACCAUUUUAAUGCCAUUACUAUGACUAGUGUUACAGUCCUGCCAGCCACCUCCCCAAACUGGCCUGAAAUGGGAUGCUCUUCCCUGGCCAUUCUUGCCCCAUGUUGGCAUCUCUGUCUUUACUCUGCCCCCUGUCUCCUCUGAUCUCCUGAUUGGAGGGGGAGAGGAGGAGCUCAAUCGGACAAAGAGUGAAACAAAGGUUCUCUUCUCCAAUAACAUGGAGGCCUUGUGAAAAAAAAAGGAAUUACACAAUAGUUAUUUUAUACAAAAUAUAAAUAAGAGAAAGUGACCCAAACAAGACACCUGACAUCUGUGUAUGUAGUGUACGGUGAGCUGUGUGAGAUUAGAAUGGGUUGAGAUUAGUGUUGGCCGAGAUUGAAGGCUGGAUUAGACUGCCCAGGUUAUUUUCAGUGCGUGCUAAAGCCGUGGUGUUUCAUGCCUGGCACGGUUGGCACUGUUGGCAACACAGGGCAGGGACUAAAUACCUGGCCCCAUCUCCUCACCUAGAACAGACAAUAGGUCAAUGGGGCCUUGAACCCACACAACCACAAUAACUACCACCCAUACGCUCACACUAGACAGUCAGGGCUGCCAUGCACACACCUCUCUGGAUACUAUAGAUCUCUAACCCAGCCAAAAGGCUGGGGCAUAGCAGUGGCCUCUUUGCUAUGGAUGUGUAAUAAACUCAGCAAAAAAAGAAACGUCCUCUCACUGUCAACUUCGUUUAUUUUCAGUAAACAUAACAUGUGUAAAUAUUUGUAUGAACAUGAUCAGAUUCAAAAACUGAGAAAUAAGCUGAGCAAGUUCCACAGACAUGUGAUUAACAGAAAUGGAAUAAUGUGUCCCUGAACAAAGGGGGGGUCAAAAUCAAAAGUAACAGUCAGCAUCUGGUGUGGCCACCAGCUGCAUUAAGUACUCCAGUGCAUC